GAUCCAACCGAGAGAGCAUAGUUGUUUGGGAACCGCUGUUUUAUUCCGUGGUGAUCGGUGCGCGUACCGUAGAGGGGAAGAAAAUGAUACCAAUCGAGACAAUGUGAUAAGAGAAAAUGCUACAACAACAAUAACAUGGCCGUAUAUUGGAAUUUUAUGUAUUGUCCGUUUGUUUAGUCGGAUAUUUACGUCAAUUGGGUACUCAAACUCAAUGAUAUCGUUUCAUUCUUUUCGCGCGUAAUAACCCACAUACGCCGUCCGUUCCCAAGAUGAAAAACGCUUUCCUCGUCACCAUCGUCGGUUCUUUGGUGGCGUUCGCGUACUUCGGGUACGCGUGCAACGAAGCCGUGUGCGCAUCUAUUGUUUCCAAGUGCAUGAUCACACAGUCAUGCAAAUGCGACUUGGCCAAUUGUUCAUGUUGCAAAGAAUGUUUCAGCUGUCUCAACAACCUGUACAGCGAGUGCUGUUCGUGUGUGGGUAAGUGUUCACAUGAACCCGUCGAAAUAUACUUUGAAAGACUUGAAGAUAUAAAGUCUCUAGUUUUUAAAGUCGGUCAUUUUGUAAUACAUAUUUUUAAUAAUUUAGCAUGUCCUUAAUAAACUUUUAGAAAAUCCCGUUACCUAUCACCUACAUAGUUACCCGGUUGAUUACAAAGUAUAAACAAUAUUGAUGUUUUAUUUAUUAGAAAUGUGUCCUAAACCAAACGUCACUACAAAUGCGUUGAGCAAAAAAAGUCACGUAGAGGAUUUGCCAGAGCCUAUAAUGACUCUAUUCUACGCUCUAGUUUCUGAACCAGAUCUUCAACAAAGAUGGGAAUCGUUAACAUUUCCCAUUGAUUUUGACAUUGAAGUGUUCAAACCGGAUUUUCAAAAAGAAAUAAAGUUACUUCAAAGUAAAUUACAUUCAAUUAUUAACUGUAGGUAAUUAAAAUGUUGCUUAUAUACAGUUUCAAAUUUAGAAAAUUCCGCUCAAGAAGUAGCUCCAAUGAAAGACGUGAUAACUCUUAAUUGUUCUGUCGUUUACAUGAGUAAGUGUUUAUCAUGGAACAAAUGCAAAGCAUCUUGUAUGUCAAUGGGUGCUAAAAGCUACAGGUGGUUUCAUGAUGGAUGUUGCGAAUGUGUUGGUGAUCGCUGCAUGAAUUAUGGAAUAAAUGAGAGCAGGUAAUAUUCUAAAGUAAUCUAAUUGUUCAAAUGUGUGUAUUUAAUAAUAUGUGUUUAUUUAACAACUAGAUGUAAGCUCUGCCCAUUAAAAGGAGCCGUUUUGCCGACAAUCAGUGAAGCAGAUUACGGUGAUGAUGAAGAUGAAGAUGAAGAAAUGAUACAAUGAUAAUGUAUUGUAUUUAUUAUUUCAAAAUGAAAAUAUGUUUUUUUCAAUAUCACUAUUGACAGAAAAAUCAUAUCAAUAAAUUCCAACUGACUCUGUACUUUUAUAAAUUGUAUAAUUUAAACAUUACUUUUUUGCGUGAGAAAGUUUAUUUAUUUUAAGAAGACGUGAUACUGACCAUAUUUAAGAAAUUACGUAGGAGAAAUUUAAAAAAAAAAUAAAUUUAAUUUGUUAACACAUAAAUAUUUACUAGCAGUUCCAGAAGUAGUUCUUUAUCAUUAUCAUAAGUAUUUAUUGUGUUAUAAAAGGAACUAAAUGGUUAAGGAAAAUUAUUUCUCGUGAGCAAAAAUCACUUUGGCUUAGUGUUAAUUAAGGAACUAAAUGUUUUUCAUAAAAAAAAAAUAUAAUUUACACACUACAGACAUUAUGAAAACUAAAAAUGAGAAAUAAUCAAACCAAACUAAAUAUUCUAAAGUUUGGUUCGAAAAUCAUUUGAUGUCUAUUCAGUGCAAUCACCAAUAUGGUUCACUGUGAAUGAUGGGAAAGGGUGGUGUUGUUACAAAAAACCCUAGAUACAAAAAUAAUUCGGUUGUUAAUCAUAUUUUUUGACCUUUUAUAAUGUUCGGAUUUGUUAAUAUUAAGAAAAAUUUAGUUCGGAGUUUGUAACAUCAAUAUUGCACAUGUAAGUUUUAUUUUUCUGAUAUUACUAUGUAAAUAUUAUUUGGGAUAAAAAAACUUAAAACUAAUAUUACAGUUUUUUUUUUUUUUUUUAAUGUGAAAUUUGCCAAUAACCGUAGUAGGUUUUUCUUGUAUUAAACAAAUUUCAUAACCAAAUUACAGUUGGUAUCACGCCCUUUUAAUAAAUGCUUUUAUAGUUAAAAACUAUAGCGCUGUGGAUCUGACCGAUCAAUUAUUUUUAUUUUAUUUUUAAAUUACCUAUUGUAUUUUUUUUAAUUGUAUUACUUUAUUAGUGGCAAGUUUCAUACAUAACUGUAUAUACUAAGUUGCUACUAAUCAAAAAUUAAUUAAGUGCCAUUUAUUUGUAUACCUUUUUUUCUAUGUUAAAACAAUAAUGAUGUAUAUUAUUGUUAUUGAAUAAGACUCUUAUUAAUAUUAAUUACCUAUGUUAUACGAUUAUGAUGUAAUCAUUUAUAUACUGUCUGUAAUCUGUGUAUAAGUAAGUUGAUUAUGCUCGACUAUAGUCUAUAAGCAAGGUCAUUCCAAUAUUAUGGUGCUGUAUGCAUGUUUAAUUUUAGUUAAGAUUUAUAAGCGUUAAUUAUUUUGCAGGCAUAAAUGUUAUAUUGUUGCAUGCUUUUACCUUAACAGUAUAGAACUUUCAUUAUGCAUUUUAUAUAUUUUUUUAUUUUGUUAGUUUUGAUUAUUGUUACAUGAUAGACCGUUGGUUUUGUACACAUUACAAUAAUUAUUGUCAAUAUAAAGACAAUAUAUAUAUAUA